CGUGCAGCAGCAGCAGCAACAUCAGCAGCCUGUCUCGGUGGGCGCAUCGCAAAACUCAUAUAAACAUACGUAAAAAAAAAAAAAAAUUAAUAUCUAAUUAUCAUUUAAAAAAUAGUUUAUCAAUCAUUUUACAAAAAUCCAUACAUCAAAUAACUCUUUUUUUUUUCAUCUCAAUAAAUAAAUAAUUAGACACAAUAUUUUACAAAGUUCAGUGAUUUUACUCCGAAAAAAAAGAAAAAAAAAAAGAGUUAAAUAUUAAAAAAAUAUAAAAUUCAUAAUAGUCAUAAUAAUCAUGUUUAUUUAUUGUGGUUGUGAAUAAAUCCUUGGUGUGUUUGUAUCGUGAAAGUUCGGUAAGAUCGGAAAAAAAUUAAAUUAAAUAAAAAAUCGUAGAAAAGUGGCAAAACCAGGUUUUCAUUAAUUUAAAAAAAAAAAAAAAAAAGUUUAAACAAAUAUUUUUAUUGUUAUUAUUGUUAUUUUGUUUUUGUUUUUUUUUUUGAUGGUGUUUAUAUUUAAAAAUUAGUGUUAACAAGUGUUGUAAUUUAAUAUUGAAAAAAAAAAAAAAUUACAAAAAAAAUAUUUCUUGUUUAAUUCAUAUAAAUUGUUAUUGUUUUGAUGAAAAAUAAUAAUUAAAGUGAAAAUAGUGAUUAGUAUUGUUAAAUAAAAAAAUUAAUUUUAGCAUAUUGUUAUUAAUAAGAUGUGGGACGUGUCGAGGUGCGCUGAGAAGACACAAAAUGGGGCUUGGUAAGGCCCGGAAGGUAACCCAGGUCCCAUUUACGAAGGCAUGGAUGUCAUCGGGGACGGUGAUGAGCAGACCUUCCAGGCAAUUCUCGGAAGGAGUGAUUUUGUAGGUGGCAUUGAUAAUGAAGCUCUGGAUUUUUCACAACUUGAGGAUUUUAUCAACAGUGACAAUCCUCAAGCAGCAACAUAUUUUGCUGAUACAUUGGCCCACAAUGAGACAACAGGUACAUCAAAUCACAAUGUACGAAUUGAUUCAUCAGGUACACAGCAACAACAAUCACAACAACCACCACGUAUACCAUCACCAAUGUCAAAUGUUACAAAUUCAAAUCAUCAUGUACCAGGAAAUGGAACAACAACAGUCACAUCAGUUAAUAAUUAUAAAGAACAACAACAACAGCAACAACAACAACAAUCAUAUGUACAUCCUCAUGCAUUACCAGAAAGUCCACCAGACAGUGGAAGUGAACCACCAUAUUCACCACCAGGACAUCAUGAAUCUCAAACAAUUCAUUCACCUCAUCAAAAGGCAGCUGGUCUUCAAGAUAUUCUUAUUCAUCAUCAAAAUAAUACAAAUGGUUUUGUACCAACAAGUCUUAUACCAACAUCACCAAGACAAUUGUCAUCAUCAGCUGAUACACUACUAUUAACACAUCCAGUAUUAACACCAUUAUUAACAGCAUCAACAACAUCAUUAUCAACACAACAACAACAACAACAGCAACCACCUCCUCCACCACCACCACCACCAUUACCAUCAUUACCAUCACUUGGGUCAACGUUACCACAACAACCGAUACUUGUUACAAUACCACAUGAACAAAGUCCCUCGGGUAUAACAACAAUUUAUUCAUCAUUACAAUCAGCACCAAAAAAACGUAAAUUAAGUCAAGAUAAUAGUGGUAUUGUUCAUGUUAAACAAGAACCAGAACUUGGUACUAUUGAACACAGUUGUAGUAGUAGCAGUGCUGUACUUGAUAAUGAUGAUGUUAAUGGUGAUAAUUCAUAUAUUGAUUCAACUUAUCAAUGCAUUAGAUUUCAUCCAUUUCAACAGACAUCAUGGCAUGCAUUGUGUGAUCAUAAUUUAAAAGAAUUACCAAAUCCACAUUAUCGUGUUGAUGCUGAUAAAGGAUUUAAUUUUAGUAAUUCAGAUGAUGCAUUUGUUUGUCAAAAAAAAAAUCAUUUUCAGAUAACUUGUCAUGCACAACUUCAAGGUGAUGCUGUAUUUGUACGUACUGGUGAGGGUCUUAAAAAAAUAAGUAGUUUUCAAUUACAUUUUUAUGGUGUUAAAGUUGAAUCACCAACUCAAACAAUUCGUGUUGAACAAAGUCAAUCUGAUAGAAGUAAAAAACCAUUUCAUCCUGUUGUCGCGGGUUUCAGGGUGGAGCUAGGUGGCGAACGUGUCACAAAAGUGACAGUUGGUAGAUUACAUUUUAGUGAAACAACAAGUAAUAAUAUGCGUAAAAAAGGUAAACCAAAUCCUGAUCAACGUUAUUUUCAUCUUGUUGUUGGUUUACAUGCACAUACUGCUGAUCAAUUGAGUUAUCAAGUUGUUGCACAUGCAUCUGAAAGAAUAAUAGUACGUGCUAGUAAUCCAGGACAAUUUGAAUCAGAAGGUACUGGUGUUGGUAAUGAGGGUGGUUGGCAAAGAGGUGCUGCACCAGAUUCAGUAUAUCAUGCUGGUAGAGUUGGUAUUAAUACUGAUAGACCAGAUGAAGCACUUGUUGUACAUGGUAAUAUGAAAGUUACUGGACAUAUUGUUCAACCAAGUGAUGCAAGAGCAAAACAAAAUGUACAAGAAGUUGAUACUAAAGAACAACUUAGAAAUGUUCAACAAUUACGAGUUGUUAGAUAUCAAUAUGAUCCAGAAUUUGCGUUACAUUCUGGUCUUGAUAUGAAAAUUCAUGGUGAUACUGGUGUUAUUGCUCAAGAAGUACAACAAAUAUUACCAGAAGCUGUACUACCUGCUGGUGAUAUUAUUCUACCAAAUGGACAACUUAUUGAAAAUUUUUUAGUUGUUAAUAAAGAACGUAUAUUUAUGGAAAAUGUUGGUGCUGUUAAAGAAUUAUGUAAAGUUACAGAUAAUUUAGAAACACGUAUUGAUCAAUUAGAACGUAUUAAUAAAAGAUUAAAUAAAAUAAAACGUGAUGAUAGUUUAAAAAGUACAAUAUCAACAAUAUCAAAUUGUUCAGCUAAUAAAUAUACAAAUUCAUCUACAUCAAAAAAUUCAUUGAGUACAAAAAAAAUUAUAAAUCAAGAUGAUGAUUUAUUAUGUAGUAAUAAAUUUAUACAAAUUGUCAUUGUAAUAUUAAUAUUAAUAAUGGCAUUUUGUUUAGUUGCAAUGGCAACACUUUAUUUUUUGGAAUAUCAAAAAAGAAAUAAUUUCGAAUGGACAAAAAUUGUUGGUAGUCAUGCUAGUAAUAGUGGUCAUCAUGGUAGUGGUGGUCAUGCUAAUAGUAAUAAUAUGUUGGCUAUUGGUCCAUCAUUACCAACAACAGCAUCAUCAUCACCACCAUCAUCAUCAUCAAAUUAUCAUUCAAAGUAUAAUGAUUUAUCUGGUAGUACUUUACCAACAUAUUUAACAAAACAAGGUAUUUUUACACGUGAAAUGGAAAGUAAUGCUGAUAAUAUUGAUACCUCUGGUAAUAGUCGAAUAUUAAAUCAUGAUAUUGGACAUACAACAACAACACCAAAUAAUAAACAACAACUUUAUUCACAAGAAAUAACUUAUUAUCCAUUUGGUAAUUCUGGUGUACAAAAAACAGAUAAAAAUAAUGAAUAUCCAAAUAAUUGGCUGAGUAAAAAUGGUGGUAUUGUACCAAGUAAUGUUGAUGAAAAUGAUCAAAAUGAUAAUAUUGAUGGAAAUAAUAAAUUACAACCAAUUGGUAGACCAAUAAAUUGUCAGCGACAUUUUUCAGAUAUUGAAAAUUCAUGUCAAAUUUAUUGUUGUUCAUCAGAUAUUCGUCAACUUGAAGAACCACAUCCUGAACAUCCACCAGUUAAAAAAAUUAUACCUGAUCAUUUGGAACAAUCAAUUGGAAUUCAUGAAGAAAAACGUAAAUCAAUAAAAGGAAUACAAAAUGGAAUAAAUCCAUCUGAUCAAAAUACACAGACACUUGUUAAAGAGGCAAAUUUCAAAUAUCCACACAAGAGAAAUCGUCGAGAGACUGGUGGUAGUGAUUGGGGUGAAUUUGCAAGUAAUGCAGCUGGAUCAUUACCACCAGAACCAAAACCACAAUUACAAAUAAUUGCUAAAACAUUUAAUGUUACAUUGGAUCAUCGUUAUUGUACAAUGACACCAAUAAAUUCACAAAAUAAUUUUACAUGUGAUAUUCCACUAUCAAAAUAUAUGCCUGAUAAACAUUUAUCAUUGCAUUUUAUUGGUAUGCCAUGGUCCUGGCAAAUAGUACAACUUUGUCCAAUUGAAAUAAAUUCACCGAUUGAUGAAACAAUGACUUGUGACUGGGGUGGAUAUAAUUUACAUCAACAACAAUCAAAACUUGCGGGAAAUAACAAUCAACCUGGUGAUCAAUCAUUUGUACUGGAUGUUGCAUUUUAUAUGAGAAAAAAUAUUAAAUUUAGAGUACCAACUGUACAACCACAAGAGAAUGUUUGUGAAAAUCGACAUGGUGGUGAUUAUUUGGAAUUUACUCUUAAUUUUCAUCGUGAUUGUGAUGGUUGAAAGUUUAUCAAUUAAAAUUGGCAACUAAAUUUUAAAAAACACAAAUGAAAAUAAUAUUUAUGGUAUUUUAUUUACAUGAUAUUAUUAAUAUUAUUAAUAAUGAUAAUACAAGUGAUAUAGCUACGAACAAAAUGCACAUUAUCAGGAUUUUUUUUUGAUAUUUAAAAGCAAAAAAAAAAAUCUCAUGAUCUGAUUAUUAAAUAAAUUAUAUUUAAAAUAAUAAUGUAUAAUAAAUAAUUGAUAAUUAUUUAAAUUUUUCAAAUGACAAUAUCUUGAUAAUGAAUUUUAAAAAAUUAAUAAACAAUGUAUUUUUUAAAGUAUUUAAAUUUAAAAAUCAUUUCCAGGACUUGUCUAUUGUUGAAUUAUAGAAAAGAAAAAAAUCCAUUAUUGAGAUAUUGACAGUUAAAUUAAAUAAUUAAAAAUUUAAAUAUUAAAAAUAUACAUUUUAAAAUUCUUAAUAAUUAUUGGAAUUAAUUAAAUAUAUAGUUAGUUUAAUAAAUCACUUUUAAUUUUGUUAAGAUUAUCAAAAUACAUUUGUAUAUUUUUCAUGACUUUACAUAUAUUUUUUUUUUUUAAAUUUACAAAUUUUUUUGUUUUUCAUGUUGUUAUUGUUUUUAUUAUUUUUAUUUCAAUUUUUAUUAUUUUAUAAUUAUGUCACAAUUUGAAGCAACUCAAAAUGAUGAAUUAAUUUCAUUCACGUAACGAAUAGUAUUUAUGUAAAAAAAAAAAAACGAAAAUUAUAAUAAAGAAAAAAAAAAUACGUAUCAAAGACGUAAACAGCUUUUAAAUAAUAAAUCAUUUAAUUGAGUAAAUUUUUUUUAAUUUUGUUUAAUUGAAAUAAUUUUUUAUUGAUUAAAAAAUUUUGAAUAUUUAAAAAAAAAUAUACAAUAUGAUUAUUAGUUUUAGAAAUAGAAAAUAAUAAAAAUCGUAAUAAUUUUAGUUAAUUUUAUCGAAAUAAAAAAAAUACUUGUAAAUACGUUCAAUGAUAUUCCACAGAAAAAAAAAAAAAAACAUGAAAAAGUAUUGUAUUAGAAUUAAUAAAAAGAAAAAAGAAAAAAAAAAAAUUAAUGUAUUAAUUAUUAAUAAAUUAAGUACGUUAUAAAAGAGAUUUUUUCUUUUUUUUUUUUUGGCUUAUAUUAUUUUGAGUAAAUUGACACUGAAAAAUAGAACAAAAAUAUCAAUAAAAUAAUGCUAAAUUAAAAAUAAAAUAAACAAAAGUGCAAUAAUGUUUGAUAAAGUGAAAAAAUAUUUUUAAAAAUUAAAAAACAGAAAAAAAGUUUAUUGAAAAAUGUCAAAAUUUAAAUGUGAAUUAUUUUUUUUUUGUUUUAUUAAAUAUUUAUUUACAAUUAAUAUUAUAAAUUAUUAUUAUUUUUUUGUUAUUUUAAAUAGAAUUAAACUAGUCCAGGUGAAAAAAGUGAUUGAAUAAUUAUUGACAUUAUUAUAAUUAAUAAUUUAAAAAAAAAAAAAAUAUUUUACACUCAAUAAAUACAAGCUAAUAUAAAAUUUAAAAAAAAAAUAAAAAAUUUCUAGUGCCUUUCUGUAUAUUUGAUGACAAAAAAUUAUAAUUGUAAAUGUAUUAUUUUAUUGCAAUAUUUAUUAACAUAUAUCAAUAAAAAAAAUUGUAAUAUUAUUAUAAACUCGAAAUAGAAUAAAAAGUAUUGCUUUGUGAGAAAU